UUAGAUAUACGGGAUUACAAAUGGCGACCAGCUCGACUCCUCCUUCUUCAAAGGAUAGGAAACAGCUCAACGCAAGGAAAGCUUUGUAUAAGAACGAAGGAAAGAGAACAGAAUGGAAAGAAACUUAUAGACAGAGGUGUUCAGAGAGACUGAGACGGAACAGAGAAGCAGUCGUUGAUAGUAGACGGAUAGGAUCGAGUGUUGAUGGCUCUGGGGUACUUGAUGCUGUUUAUGAGGCCAUGCAGGAGGAAUGGGACAAUUUUAGGAAAGAGGCGGAGCUUCCUCCACUACUGAUCCGUGGAGCUAAAAGGCAGAGGAGCUCUUCAUUUAAUGAAGAUCCUAUUGGAGAGAAUUUAAUGUAUACUCCUGAGCGGAGUACUGCCAAUAGCCAAUGGACUAGUCCUGAUAGUGAAAGCCACACCCACUCACCAGACAUUGAUAUUAUUCUUAUGAUAAUGGAGGACAUUACUGAAGAAUUACUAAAAGAAGAGCAAGAGAGACUAGCUGCCCAAUAUGAAGAAUCAACUACAUCAGCUUUAGUAUCUUUUGAUUCUGAUCCCAUCAUAUGCCCAAUCUGUUUGAGAGAUGUAUUAACACAGGACUACGAGUUCAUACGCUGCUCGUGUGGUCUCUCUAUAAACACUGCUCAAGAUGGUAUUACACUGGAGUAUGUUCGUCUUCAGUUACGUGAAGCUUCAUUGCAGCAUAGUCAGUGUUGUUCUUCACCUCCUCAGUUCUCUUAUCAAGAGUUUUUACUGAUGUCGUGUAAAGAUUGUGAUUUCCUGUACAUUAUAGUGUGAAUCUCUUCCAAACUCACUUGACAGUUAUAACUAUUAUAGUUAUUAUAAUUAUUACUAUUUUUAAAUCACAGCACUAUAUAAACAUAGA